AUGUAUAAUGACGAGAUUGAAAAAUCAGAUUGUGAUGACCUUGCACUCACUGCUGAAGCUUGCUUUAGUGCUUCUUCAGAAAGAGCCAAGGAUGUGGGUUUAUCUUGCUUCCAGCUUCCUGGAUCUGGAUGCAAUGGCCCAUAUGUGGGCCAGGUUACAUCUUUAUGCAUUUCCACUGAACACUGUGCUCCCAGGAGUCCUGGCCAAGAUGUUGAGUACUAUAUUUAUCAUAUCUCUCACAGGGAGACUCCUGGAAUGCCAGGAGAGAUUGGUCAAAUGGGACCUGAGGGCCCUCCAGGACAGAAGGGUUCUGUUGGGCCACCUGGUAUUUCAGGUAUCGAUGGAAUGAAGGGUGACAGAGGUGAACGGGGUGAAAAGGGAGACAUGGGAGAGGAGGGGCCAAAAGGUGACCCUGGAGAGAAGGGUGAUGCCGGAUCCUCUGCUGCUGGAAUCAAGGGUGAGCCUGGUGAGCCAGGGCGCGGAGGACAAAAGGGUGAGCCAGGACUUCCAGGGCUGCCUGGACUCCCCGGGAUUAAGGGUGAACCUGGAUUCUAUGGUCCUCAAGGUGAGCCUGGACUUCCAGGCCUGCCAGGAACUAAGGAGAGAGAGGAGAACAAGGACCGCCUGGCAAGGGUGAACGUGGUGAGACGGGUCCAGCAGGGCACAAGGGUGGCCAGGGUGUUCCUGGACUUCCUGGCCUGGAUGGUGAAAGGGGUCACAAAGGUUCAAAAGGGACAUGGGAAUCCCGGAAUAUCCGGAGAAAAAGGAUCAAUGGGUCUUCCUGGGUUACAGGGUGUGAAUGGUCUGAAAGGAGACAAAGGAGAUACUGGUUUGCCUGGCCCUCAGGGACCCUCGAUUAUUGGGGCCCCUGGAGCACCUGGUCCACAUGGACCACCUGGCCCUAUGGGUCCUCAUGGAUUCCCUGGGCCAAAGGGGGAACCUGGGUUGCAUGGUCUCAAGGGACUGCGAGGGGAACCUGGGCAUAAGGGGGACAGAGGACCCCUGGGUCUCCCCGGAGCAUCUGGCUUGGACGGCAAGCCAGGACCCAGGGGUAUGGACGGACCAAUUGGGACACCUGGUCCAGCAGGUCCAAAGGGAGAUAGAGGUGAGAAGGGUGAUGUGGGUGAUCCUGGACCUAGAGGGCCAUAUGGGUUACCUGGAGCUGCUGGAACACCUGGAAUGGAUGGGUUACCAGGCUUAAAGGGAGACAAGGGCAACAUGGGGAAAGAGAGAAAAGGUGAUUGUGACAUAGAUGUUGUGAAACAGGGAAUGAAACUUUCACCCUCUCUACUGAUUAGAUCUGAUGUCAAUGGACAUUUACAAAGCAGUUUAGGCACAAAGCCUUUAUAUAGACCGAAUGCGGGCCAUGGAGUUGAAGAUCAGUGUGAAGACCUUACAUUUAAGGAUUCUCUUCUACAAUAG